GGCAGACCGCCACUUGGCUGUGGUUUGGUGGGGAGCCUGGCGCUGCAUUUUUGAAUUCCAAAUCACAUGCAGAAUGCCGAAUCUCCUAACCAGGACGAAUCCGACAGUGCAGAGGAGCGGACUCCCAUAAUUCUUGAAUUUGCAAUUUCAGCCUCAGUAGGGAAGGAGUUGGGGUCUGGGGACAGUGCAGCGGGGGGAGAAGGCCAGAGCGGUCAGCCCCGCACGCCCCUAGCCAUGUCGCCUUUACUGCCCUGCCCCUUUGCGUGGCCUUCUGACAGUGUCCAGGGCUGGCCGGGGUUGCUUCCCACCCUCGCGCUCUCUCUCACCCCCAGCCAGCCCCAGUGGGCAAGGCCCCGCAGAGCCGAGACCUUUUGACUUCCUGCUCCCUCGCUCUCGCCCCCACCCCCGCGCCGGGGGUGGCCCUCGGGAGCCGGACGUCGCCCGGCCCCUGCUGGGACCAUGGUGUUUCUCUCUGGAAAUGCCUCCGACAGUUCCAACUGCACCCACCCGCCGGCCCCGGUGAACAUUUCCAAGGCCAUUCUGCUCGGGGUGAUCUUGGGGGGCCUCAUCAUUUUCGGGGUGCUAGGGAACAUCCUAGUGAUCCUCUCCGUGGCCUGCCACCGGCAUCUGCACUCGGUCACUCACUACUACAUCGUCAACCUGGCGGUGGCCGACCUCCUGCUCACCUCCACGGUGCUGCCCUUCUCCGCCAUCUUCGAGAUCCUGGGCUACUGGGCCUUCGGCAGGGUCUUCUGCAACAUCUGGGCGGCGGUGGACGUCCUGUGCUCCACCGCGUCCAUCCUGGGCCUCUGCAUCAUCUCCAUCGACCGCUACAUCGGCGUGAGCUACCCGCUGCGCUACCCCACCAUCGUCACCCAGAGGAGGGGCGUCAUGGCUCUGCUCUGCGCCUGGGCGCUCUCCCUGGUCAUCUCCAUCGGGCCUCUGUUCGGCUGGAGGCAGCCGGCCCCCGAGGACGAGACGGUCUGCCAGAUCACGGAGGAGCCGGGCUACGUGCUCUUCUCCGCGCUGGGCUCCUUCUACGUGCCGCUGGCCAUCAUCCUGGUCAUGUACUGCCGGGUCUACGUGGUGGCCAAGAGGGAGAGCCGCGGCCUCAAGUCCGGCCUCAAGACAGACAAGUCGGACUCGGAACAGGUGACGCUCCGCAUCCAUCGGAAAAACGCCCCGGUGAGAGGCAGCGGCAUGCCCAGCACCAAGAACAAGACGCACUUCUCGGUGAGGCUUCUCAAGUUUUCCCGGGAGAAGAAAGCGGCCAAAACGCUGGGCAUCGUGGUCGGCUGCUUCGUCCUCUGCUGGCUGCCUUUUUUCUUAGUGAUGCCCAUAGGGUCUUUCUUCCCUGACUUCAAGCCCUCAGAAACAGUUUUUAAAAUAGCAUUUUGGCUCGGAUACCUGAACAGCUGCAUCAACCCCAUUAUAUACCCGUGCUCCAGUCAAGAGUUUAAAAAGGCCUUUCAGAAUGUCUUGAGAAUCCAGUGUCUGCGCAGAAAGCAGUCUUCCAAACAUGCCCUGGGCUAUACCCUGCACCCGCCCAGCCAGGCCCUGGAGGGGCAGCACAAGGACCUGGUGCGCAUUCCAGUGGGAUCGGGAGAGACCUUCUAUAAGAUCUCCAAGACGGAGGGGGUCUGUGAGUGGAAAUUUUUCUCUUCCAUGCCCCGCGAAUCUGCCAGAAUCACAGUUCCCAAAGACCAGUCAGCCUGCACCACAGCCCGGGUGAGAAGUAAAAGCUUUCUGCAGGUCUGCUGCUGCAUGGGGCCCUCGACCCCCAGCCAUGGAGAGAAUCAUCAAGUUCCAACCAUUAAGAUCCACACCAUCUCCCUCAGUGAGAAUGGGGAGGAAGUCUAGAGGACAGGAAAGGUCAGAAGGAGGGGGGAAUGACCUUAGGCACCACUCCCCUGCCCACUCGGAAGGCCAGGCCACUUUCCUGGAUGACAAGACAGAACCACCAAAGGAGGCCCAUCUGGGAAUGGGGCGGGGGAGGAGACCCGACCCUGGUGGUGGGGAGGCUCGGGGAAGGAGGAAGAUGUCACACAACCAUCCCGUUCACAGUGAUGAUAAACAGCAUGUCCUUGAGGUUAACGCUCUCGUGGUCACCCUCAGAGCGUUCCACGUCUGGCCCUCGCAACGAAAACCACCAUGGGAAACAGAUUUUCAUACACAAUCCAGAAGACUAUAAAUAUAGGAUUAUGAUUUCAUCAUGAAUAUUUUGAGCACAUGCUCUAAGUUUGGAGCUAUUUCUUGAUGGAGUGAGGGGAUUUUAUUUGCAGGCUGAGCUCACUGACAGCCACAUUGGAUAUUUACGAGGAGAGGGCCUGGACAGGGAGGGCCUUAAGAUGGUGGCCGAUAUCCAGGCACGUUAUUUUUAGAGCAAGUUUUAAACUCCGCCAUUUCUGAUGCGUCCGGUUUCUUAGUCGGGUGAAACUUGACAGGGCGAUUUACCUUUUGCUGCAGUUUGACCAGGUACUGCUCCUGAUUCACUAAGGAUGAGGGUGAGGGGCAUUCGUUAGUUAUAUCGUGAACUCUCAGAGGCCCAUCCUCUAUGCACGUGUCUAGGGAACUUUGAAAAAAUCUAGUCAGGCAGAGGAUGCUUUUCUUAAUGGCAUACGGUACUGUCAUUUCUUCAAUUUAGCCACUAGGGACAAAAUCCCAUUUAGUGGUGUCAAGAUCAGAUGGAGGACAGCGUCUCGUGUGACAUAUUUAAGGAUCAAGAGAUUGAGGCGGGGUGGGUGCUAAUUUCAUGCUAAUACAGAGGCUGCAAAAUUACUCCACAGCCUUUUUGACGUGGCCUAGAAAGGCCUUUCUUGGCAAAUCCACUUACCUUUUCCAGACCUUUUUCCAUUAUGAAAAUCUAGAGCUUGUAAUAUAUUGAAAGGGACAUCUUGAAUUCCAUCUUUUUCUUAGCUGCUUCACUAUUGCCUAACAAAUGAGGUUCAAGGUCUCAAAUGCAUGUGUAGCAUGCUGGAAUGAACCUUAUGAUGCAGACACAUCCUUCCUGAACUCUGAAAGAUCCACGUGCUUAGCUUGGGAGGAUACUGACUGGUAUCCACUAAAGCAGGCGUCUGCAAACGGUUUUAGACAGAAGCCCUUUUAUUCUGGUAAAAGAUCCAGGAACCCAUUCACUUUAUUCCCACUUUCCACAGGAACUUGGGGAAUGUGCAGCUUUUUGCUUCAUGUAUACCAAAUUUUGGUAAACCUUAAUAACUCUUUGAUAACAUCUUCAGUAAUAACUUUAGUGUAUUAUUAAAGAUGAAGAUGGUAACUAUAUGUAAAAAUAUAAAUAUUUUUCACAUUGCACAGUAAGAAUUUAAAUUAAGAUCUAUGUUUCUGGAAUAUUUCUUGUCUAGAAUUACUGGCCUAAAACUACUGACUAUUUCUGUGAUCUCUUCCCAUGAUUUGGGUAGUUUCCUUUAAAAACUUCAAAGCAGAUUGUAGCUGUUAUUUAACCUUCACAGCAAAGAUAGCGGCCCCAUUAUCCUUCCCUCUUCCCUUGCAGAAAAGUAAGUUUCCUCAAAUCCCUCAAAAAGGCUAAUACCUUUGCACACUGCCGUGAUGGGUAUGUUUGCAUGUAAAAUUGAGUUUGUUCGUUUGUUGUGUCUGGACAUAGAAUAUUAAUGCUUUCUCAGCCCUUUCUGGAGAAUGUAUUCUUGUUGGCCAGAUAGACACUCUGCCUGACAUUCAUAAUAUGGAUUCUGGCAUGAGAUGUUGGCUGCAUUUUUACACUCCACCGGUCUGUCUGUAUGUUCCAUAACAGCUCUACCAGAUGUGGGUAUCCUAUCAUGGAUGUAGGCAUCGGGAAAGGACUUGAACAUGCAAACUUCGCUUCUCUUCUGUCCAGAUAGUAAAGAUAAAUUUCAUUGUUGAGAAGAGCAUUUUUCAAGAUCUGAAUUUUAAAAACC